UCGGUGACCCAAGUGCCUCCGGGUGUUGCGAGUGGGGCCGCAUUUCGGCCUGUGAGGAUGCCCGCCACAAGCCCAUCCCCAAAAUUCAAAUCGCGUCAAGCUUCCCCCGGAAGGCCGGAGCGAACGCCGCCUCGUUCAUUCGUCGCUCGGCCGGUCGAAAAACCUCCAAACCCCAGCGGAAAACGAAGGCGACCGGCGGAGCGAAUCCGCGCGAACGUCGCCGGAGGCGGAGGUGAUGGAGAGCAAGGAGAACGCCGCGCACUCGGCGCCGCCUCUUCGGCAGUCGCGCGGGAAGCGCAAGGCCCUGGCGGAGCUGCCGGCCAACGAGUGGCGGGACACGAACGGCGGCUCGGCGCCGCGGCCGUCGAAGCCGAGGACGCGGUCGGCAGCGCGGGCGGAGGCCGAGGCGGAGGAGGCGAGGAAGCGGCUUGAGGCCGAGGACGCCGGGCGCGGGGCCGACGUGUCCCGCCUUCUGGACCCGAAGCGGCAGGACGCUGGCGCGGCGCAGGCGGCCGUUGCGCCGUACCUCGGGGACAUCGACCGGUACCUCCGUUCGUUGGAGGCCGAACUGUUGAGGAGGCCAAGCCCUGACUAUUUUCAGAAGAUCCAGAAAGAUAUCUCCCCCAAAAUGAGGGCUAUCCUUGUGGACUGGUUGGUAGAGGUGGCUGACGAAUUCAAGCUUCAGGCAGAAACUCUUUACCUUGCCAUUUCAUAUGUCGACCGCUUCCUCACAGUGAAUGUCGUUACUCGGGACAAGCUGCAGCUGCUGGGUGUCACUGCACUGCGCGUUGCUGCCAAGUAUGAAGAAGUUGAGUCUUCUAAGAUGAAGGUGAACAAAUACACUGACAUAACGGACCACACUUACACCAAGCAGCAAGUGCUGAAGAUGGAGGCUGACUUGCUGAAAUCUUUUAAUUUUCAGAUUGGGGGUCCCACUGUAACAACAUUUCUACGGCGAUUCAUAGCUUCGUAUUGUGGAGGCAAUCGCAUAAGCAGCAAAAAGCUGGAGUCCAUGUGUAGCUAUCUGGCAGAAUUGAGCUUGCUGGACUACGACUGCAUAAGCUAUCUACCAUCAGUUGUCGCUGCUGCCUGCCUGUUUGUAGCCAGGUUCACAAUCCGCCCAAAGACUCAUCCUUGGAACUUGACGCUUCAACAUAACACGGGGUAUAAAGUCUCUGACCUGCAGAAAUCCAUUUUCAUCAUACAUGAACUGCAGUUGAGCAUACGGUGCCCAGACCAGAAAGCAAUCAGAGAGAAGUACGAGGACCCAAAGUUCGAGUGUGUGUCGAGAAUGGCAUCACCACGAGAAAUCCCUGCUUCUUUCUUUGAAGACUGCAAUAAGUGAGGUCUGAAGACUGGAGAAUGUUUUUGCACUAACUCUGCCGGUGAUGCAGAAGAUAUUUUGGUUGUAGGCUAAUUUAAAUUGGUCAAGAAAUGUGUCAUAUGUGUCGUGCUCAAACAUGUAAAUAGCUGCUACUAGACUUACGAUUUUGUCACAUUGGCAAUGCUGUGCAUUGUUAUUUU